AUGGAGAUCUUCAUGAAACUGGAGAUCAACAUACCUUUUUCAGAAGCCUUGCAGCAAAUGGCUUCAUAUGCAAAAAUUUUAAAGGAACUCCUCUCUAAAAAAAGGAAAAACAUUGAAGAGGAGACAAUUGAAGUACAAGGAAACUGUAGUAUCAUCACUCAAAAGUCAAUUCCUCCCAAAUUAAAGGAUCCAGGAAGUUUUACUAUCCCUUGCACUAUAGGGAACAUCGCUGUGGGAAAAGCACUAAUUGAUCUAGGAGCCAGCAUUAAUCUUAUGCCACUUUCCAUGUUUGAGAAAAUUGAAGGCUUGGAACUUAAGCCUACCAGGAUGACUCUCCAGCUAGCAGACAGAUCUCUAAAACAUCCUUAUAGGGUGGUAGAGGACGUGUUAGUAAAAGUAGACAAGUUCCUAUUUCCUGUUGAUUUUGUUAUCAUGGAGAUGGGAGAAGAUGUGAAUGUUCCUCUGAUUCUUGGAAGACCUUUCAUGAAAACUGCUAGAGUUCUAAUUGAUGUAGAAAAUGGCAAGCUAAAAGUGAGAGUGCACGACGAAGAAGUAAAUUUUGAUGUCUUCCAAGCCAUGUCUCAUCCAAAAGAUAAUAAAGAUUGUUUCCAUCUUGAUACUCUUGACAAAUUAUGCAUGAUUCAAGAAAAGGAGGUAUAUGAUAUUCCCUCUCUGGAAGAAACUUUUGAUGACAAUUAUGAAGAAGUGACUAGGGAAGAUAACAUUGAAGAAUUAAAAGAAACCCCUUUAUUAAACUCAGAAGAAAAAUCCAAAGAAAGAAAGCCAGAGCUUAAAAGGCAACCCCCUCACUUGAAAUAUGUGUUUUUAGAAGAAGAGGGAAACAAGCAAGUCAUCAUCAACAAUUCUCUCUCCCCCAAUGAAGAAGAAAAAUUAAUAGAAGUGCUCAAGGCCAGCAAAGGAGCUAUUGGAUGGUCAAUCUCAGAUCUCAAAGGCAUAAGUCUAACUUAUUGCAUGCAUAGAAUAUUCAUGGAAGAUAACUACAAACUAGUGGCUCAACCCCGAAGGAGAUUAAGUCCAACAAUGAAAGAGGAAGUGAGAAAAGAAGUACUAAAGCUACUUGAAGCUGGAAUCAUUUAUCCUAUCUCUGAGAGUUCAUUGAAGCUCAACAAUGCUACAAGUAAGGAUCACUUUCCUCUCCCUUUCAUGGACCAAAUGCUAGAAAGAUUAGCAGGUUUUUAUAGGAGGUUCAUCAAAGACUUCUCAAAAAUUGCAAAGCCACUGAGCAACCUCCUUGUGAAGGACGUCCAUUUUGUGAGGAAUGAAGAAUGCCUUAAAGCUUUUGGGAUCCUAAAAGAAAGAUUAAUUUCUGCUCCUAUAAUUGUAGCUCCUGAUUGGAAUCAAAACUUUGAACUCGUGUGUGAUGCCAACAAUUAUGCCAUAGGAGCAAUUCUUGGUCAAAUAAAAGAGAAGGUCUUCCACACCAUAUAUUAUGCAAGUAAAGUCCUAAAUGAAGCCCAGUUGAAUUAUGCCACCACAGAGGAGUUUCUUGCUAUUGUGUAUGCUUUGGAAAAAUUUAGAUCCUAUCUUAUUGGGUCUAAAGUGAUUGUCUACACUGAUCAUGCGGCUAUAAAAUAUUUGUUAGCAAAACCAGACUCCAAACCAAGAUUGAUCAGAUGGGUGCUUUUGCUACAAGAAUUUGAUGUUGAAAUCCGAGAUAAAAAAGGGAAGUGA